CAAAUCAAGAAGAAAGACUUUGAGAACAAGUAUAACGCAUAUUCUAUAAUAUACUAAUCGAAAUCUUGAACGAUAAAAUGGCAUUAAAUUACGAAAUAGCCAUUUAUGUACGAAGAUGAUCGCAGACGCCUGCGUGGAGAUCUCUGCACGUUAACUGGUUCCUAGCCAUGUGACAAAUCGAAAUUUGAAAACGAGGUUAACAGACAUGGCAGCCGUGGAGUCUCGUAUUCGCUGAUGUGUUUGGUUAUAUCAAUGAUUUAUUUCUCGCCAAGAUGCUAGUUCAAGAACCAGUUCAGGCUGCCAUAUGGGAUGCUCUACAUCAUUACGCAUAUGGCGAUGCAAUAUUUCUUGCUGAAAGAUUGUAUGCUGAAGUGGCCAGUAAUGAAGCCCUCCAUCUCCUGGCAACUUGCUAUUACAGAGGGGGUCAUCCAACACAAGCCUACAUGCUGCUACAAAAACGAAGCUGUCCCACACCACAGUGCAAAUUUCUUAUGGCCAAAUGCUGCUUAGAGACCAAGAAGUAUGCAGAAGCAGAGCGAAUGCUUGCAGGCAAUGUUUUGACCAAAACAAAGACGUUUGAAGAGAUUGAGGCCGAAUUUGGUGCCAUGUCUUGCCAUGUCUUCUCAGUCCUUGGCCAGCUAUAUAGUAAGACAGAUAGAGUCCAGAAAGCUUCUGAGUGUUAUAAGAAGAGUCUUAAGCUCAACCCACUUUUAUGGAAGUCGUAUGAAGCUUUGUGUCAGCUUGGCAUGAAGGUGGACCCUAACCAAGUAUUUAAUAUACCAUCUUUGAAUGUCCCAACGGGGCUUGCUGCGCCUACACUCCCAACCCAUCCUUCACCCCAGAGCCAGCCACAGGCUCUAGGUCAGCCCCAGGUUGUGACACCAUCCCCAGGAGAAAAUGCUGCUUUCAUUUCUGUUCCUGCUCCACUCACCAUCACAACUGCCUUAGACACCAGUCCAAAAUCUCAGACCACACCACUUGGCAUCUGCUCUGAUCAUACACCAGAGAAUCACAUGCAGUCUGGGCAGGCAGAUGACCUGAUGCGAGCUCCUUUGCGCAGCCGGCGUACAAAACCAGAGAGUGUUAUGGAAAGACCUGUACGAGUCUUUGUCUGGUCAUCUCCAAGUUUUGGUGUACUGAAUGUAGAAAAUCCUGGUACUGUUGAGACCAGUUCUCCACCCUUGCCUUUCAUCAGUCCAAACCCUACCCCUAUACUACCUGAAGAUCUUGUCCUUGACACCAAAGCUCCCGGUAAAAAGGCUGUGACACGCAGAAAACAGGCUACAAAACCCCCAGUAUUCAGCCUGUCAGGAAAUUCCAAUACACGAGAUGUUAGUAAUCAACAAGCAGGAAAUCCACCAAGUGUAAGGCGAAGUUCACGUCUGUUUGGAAACUCUAGUUCUGUAAAGGAAAACAACAAGAGCCAAGGGAAGACACGCUUCACAAGUCCCAAGGGUGUAGGGCGAAAGAGCAAGUCACGCACCAGCAAGUCCCAGCAAGAGCUGAAUGAGAUCAACAAAAGUGAGGCUGGAGCUGGCACCAAGAUGGCACCUAACAUAGAACAGCCCACUGCUGCCCACAUCUUUCUCAUGCAGCAACAGUCUCUAGGUGGGCUCUUGAAAUUGCUGUUGGUUAUUGGGAAGGCCUAUGGGGCUCUGGCUCAGUAUGACUGCCGGCGAGCUGUGCAGCUGUUUGGGGAAUUACCUGAACACCAGUACAACACUGCCUGGGUUCUUACUCAGAUAGGGCGUGCUUAUUUUGAACAGGGUGAUUUUCAAAAGGCAGCAAGCAUGUUUUCUGAAGUCAGGAGGCUUGAGCCCUACCAGCUGUUGGGAAUGGACGUGUACAGUACAGCUCUCUGGCAUUUGCAGCGUGAGGUAGAGCUGUCGGCCUUGGCUCAUGAUCUGGCAUCACUUGACAAAACAUGUCCACAGACUUGGUGUGCUACAGGAAAUUGUUUUUCUUCCCAAAAGGAGCAUGAUGUUGCCAUAAAAUUCUUCAGACGGGCCAUUCAGGUUGACCCAGAUUAUGCCUAUGCAUAUACACUUCUUGCACAUGAGUAUGUUCUGAUAGAGGAGCUGGACAAGGCACUGGCCAGCUUUAGAAAUGCCCUGCGUGUAGACUCCAGGCACUACAAUGCAUGGUAUGGCAUUGGCAUGAUUUACUACAAGCAGGAAAAGUUCAACUUGGCUGAAGUCCACUUCCGCAGGGCAUUGUCUAUCAACCCCCAGAGCUCAGCUCUCAUCUGCCAUGUUGGUGUAGCUCAGCAUGCUCAGAAAAAGACUGAAACGGCUCUGGUGACGCUAAGCAAAGCAAUAGCCCUGGAGCCUAGAAAUCCUCUUUGCAAGUUCCACAAAGCCUCUAUUCUUCUGGCCUGUGACAGGCAUAAAGAAGCACUAGAAGAAUUGGAAGAACUAAAACAAAUCAUCCCUACAGAGUCCCUUGUGUACUUCCUCAUGGGCAAGGUGCACAAAAAGCUUGGCAACACACAUCUGGCAUUAAUGAACUUUUCCUGGGCCAUGGAUCUUGACCCUAAAGGGGUUAACAAUCAGAUCAAAGAAGCCAUAGACAAACGAUAUGCCACUGAAGAGGAUGAUGCUCUUUCCAGGCUUACAGAGACAAUGCCAGAAGCCAGUGGGGAGAUGGGAGAAGAGAGACAAUCCUUGCAGGCCCUAGCUCCCGAAGAAGUGGACCCUGACUUGCAAGCCAUAGAAAGCGAUGAGAGUUUGUGAUGGAGCUUGGGUAGCUCAGAGACUUAAGAGUCAUAGCAAGUGACAAGAGCUUGUCAUGUAACUGAGGUUCUAGGUAAACGUCAUCAUGGGUGCCCAGUGCACUGUUAACAGGUCAGCAUCAGUGUGGAAGUCCUAUACCUUGUAUGUACCUCUGCAAGGAGCUGGUGCCUGAAGGAUUUUAAUCAGACUUCUUUAAAGACUUUCAGUUCCACAGAUGAAGUGGGCAAGUAAAAAUCUUCAGUUAUUAUUAAUAUUAUUUUCUUUUUUUUUUAAGCCUGACCCAACUUGUUCCAGUCUUUUGUCUUUCAAAUUGUACAAAGAGAGGAGAAUGUCUGAAAGAAGCAAGUAUCUAGGUAAGAGCACGGUGGCUAGUCACCAUUGUUUUUGCAAUGACAAUUUGACUGUUACUUGUUCUUUACCAGGUUGCAUCAGCCUUUUUUAUUUUUUUUUAAAUCAAGGGCAGGUUUCCUGUGAAUACCCUGCCUGUGGCACAGUCUCAGGUUGUUUAGCAUGAGUUAACAUAUUGUAGGCAUGAAAGUCCGUUUCAGGGGAAAUUUGUUGUUGCGAAGAAUGAGAUUUAAAGAAGGUGCUCUUGGUUCUGAGACAACAUACAAGUGGUACAUAGAACAAAUGUAGGUGAAGGGAUGCAAGAAUGAUGUGCAUGGAGCGCAGCCUGUGCUGCUGUUUGUACUGAUGCAUGGCAGUUUCAGCUCAUCUUCUCAUCCUCUCUCACUUAAAACCCUUUUACAGCUCCCUCCUCCACCAUUUUGGUUGCUGUAGUCUCUCAUGCAAGUUCCAACAAUGAGGAAUUAUGGUAGGUUAGCAUCAGCUGCUGGAGUAGAGCUGACCACAGGAACAAUUCUCUCGGUAGUGCCAUAAAUGCUUUUCAAACAAACGAGUGUGUGAAUUGUGGAAGUUCAUUCAUGUUUUGAGCUUUGUAUUGGUCUGAGGAAGUAAGUGACAACAAGAGCUGUCAGUCUGGCUGAGAAGCAUUCAUUCUCUCUAAUUUUCUGUCACCAAUAUUUAGAACAGGAACAUUGCCAUUUCAUGCUACACAACGUUGGUAAAUCUGUUUUUUUCCCCUUUUCCUCCUUUGCUAUAGAGAAAGGCCAGAUUAUUAAAAACAAAAACCUGCGAAAUACGAAACUGUUAAUGUAUGUGUAUUGAUUAGGUCUGUAAAAAUAUUUUAUUAAAAAACGUAAAAUUUUUUAAAUUUUGUUUGCCUUCUUUGUGAUGAAAUUAGACGAACGCAUAUUCCAACGCCAUGACGUGAUGUGCAGGCGCAAUAUGAAGUACAUACAAAAGACGAUUUCAGUAUUGUUUUUAUAUAUCUUAUUGUACCAUUUCUCAUCAACUUGACUUUUGGACAUAAUUAUUUAUGAAAUGCUGGGGUGUUUGUAACUGUAAACAUGUAAACCUUUGCUGCACAUUUAAGUUGCUUAUUCAGUGUCAUUUGCAGAUCUUAGCUAUUUGGGAGAGGAAUGUGAAGCUGCUUUUGUUCUCUUUUAAAAAGACUAAAUAAUCAGAUGGACGUUUUAAGAAUAAGCUCUAUAAGUUUACAAUAUUUUACAAUUAUUUUUUUACCUUUUUCGGUACAAGGAAGGUGAACUAUUAGAAAAGAAAAUUUUCUGACAGUUUGAAGAUUUGGGUGGUUUGGGUUGCACGGAGCUUAUUGUGCGGUCUGAAUGGUGAGGGAAGAUGAGACAUAUAUCUCGGGGAUGUAAAUUUACUCAUAAUCUGAACCAGGGAGUCUAGUGGCAGAAAACUUCGCUAAAUCGGAUCGCAUGUUUGGGUGCCAGGCGGGCAUUAUAAGUCCCCAACAUCAAUGUUGCCGUAUCUUAGAUUUUAUAGUUAUACAGAGGGAUUCUUUGGACUGUUGUACAAGCAAAAGAUAGCGCCUGAUGUAGAUUUGUCAUAAAACAUUUGGUCGUACAGUGUGUUCAGUUUUGCAGAAAAGAAGAA